UGCUGCUCUUCUCCAGACUGCUGUUCUCCAGUCGGGUGUGUGGGUCUCCUCCUCCGUCACAAGCAGCCCCCUCCUCUGCCACCCAAAGCUCUGGUGGGGAUGAUGCUGCAGGGAGUGCUUUCAGCCCUCCGGGAAGUGAUGGCACCUUUUCCGGCGUUGCUGUUGUUCCUGGCUGUGCUUCUGAUCGUUGCCAACUACAGGAAAAGUCGGCGCCCAAAGGAUUUCCCUCCUGGGCCUCAGCCCUUUCCUUUUGUGGGCAACAUCCUCCAGCUGACGUAUAAAAACCCUCUUCUUGGUAUGCAGAAGCUUGAAGAAAAAUAUGGCAAAAUCUUCAGUAUGCAGAUUGGCAACAUGUGGGCUGUGGCUGUCACUGGACUGCCUCUGGUGAAGGAAGCUCUUGUUCAUCAGGGAGAAAAUUUCGUGGAUCGGCCGCACUUUCCUUUGCUAGAGGAGAUUUUUGGACCAUUUGGGUUGAUCAACUCGAAUGGAAGCAUCUGGAAAGAACAAAGACGAUUUGCUUUAUCAACUCUCAGAAACUUUGGUUUGGGGAAGAGAAGUUUAGAACAACAAAUAAAAGAAGAGACCCAGUUCCUUACUGAGGCGAUCAGAGAUGAAAGAGGUCAGCCAUUUGACCCGCAUUUUCAGAUUAAUAAUGCCGUUUCAAAUAUCAUCUGUUCUCUCACUUUUGGGGACCGCUAUGAUUACCAUGACAGCCAAUUCCGGAAGCUACUGCAUUUGCUUGAUGAGGCACUCUUCCUUCAAGGAAGUGUUUGGAGUCAGGUAUACAAUGUCUUUCCAGCCAUAAUGAAAUACUUGCCUGGACCCCAUCAGACUGUUCGUAAAAACUGGGAACAAAUUAAAUGCUUUGUAAAAGAAAUAAUUAAAAAACACAAAGCAGACCAGAAUCUCUCUCAGACAAGGGACUUCAUUGAUGCUUAUCUCAAUGAAAUAGCUAAGGAGGGUGCCGCUGCCAGUUUCCAUGAAGAGAAUUUGAUAUUUUCAACAUUAGAUCUGUUUUUCGCUGGGACAGAAACGACGUCUACAACAUUGCGCUGGGCUUUGCUGUACAUGGCCAUUUAUCCAGAAAUUCAAGCAAAGGUGCAAGCUGAAAUAGAUUCUGUGAUCGGCCAGUCUGGCCAGCCUUCCAUGGAUGACAGGGAGCGCCUGCCCUACACCAAUGCAGUUGUUCAUGAAAUUCAAAGGAAAAGCAACAUUGUGCCUUUUGGGGCACCACGGAUGACAAGUUGUGACACCACGCUGGCUGGAUUUCACUUGCCCAAAGGAACUGUUUUAAUACCCCACUUGACAUCAGUGCUGUUUGAUAAGGAGGAGUGGGAAACUCCAGAUGCCUUCAACCCUGACCAUUUCUUGGAAAAUGGUCAGUUCAAGAAGAAGGAAGCAUUCCUGCCAUUCUCCGCAGGAAAGCGAGUUUGUCUUGGAGAGCAGCUGGCCAGGACAGAACUUUUUAUUUUCUUCACUGCCCUCCUUCAGAAAUUCACUUUCCAGGCUCCAAAGGGUGUGAACUUGAACCUUGACUUCAAAUUGGGACUCACACAUGCCCCCCAACCUUAUCGCAUCUGUGCACUUCUUCGUUAAAAGAAGCCAUUUCUGCUAUGGCUUUCCCUAAAAUUAAUUUUAACUGAUAAUCUUUCUGUUCUUGCUCUUAGGGUUUAUUGGCUUCUGUGAAGGUGGGGUUUUUACUGCAUUUAAACAAAGGAAAUCAUACUGUAUUGUUAGACCAGAAUGUUUAUUCUAACAUUCUUCUGACAGAUUAACCAAAGAGACCUUCUAAAUGCAGUUAUUUCACAUGUGACACUAGAGAAACCAGUGAAAAAAUGACUCAUAUUCACAACUACUAAAGAGGCCUAAAACCACUCUCAAGUAACUCACAGUUUUUGCUGGGCUCUGGGGCAGAGCAGUCCUGCUCUGCCCUGCAAGGCCUAUUCCAUCUCACCAUUCAAGGCAUCUGGGCACCAGUGACUGCCCAAGGUUUUUGCCUGGCACAUGCCACGUACCUGAUUUCCAGAACACUUGGAGGCACUUCUCUCUCUCCAUGGCCUUUGUAGGGAUUGCCCACUGAGAAGGCCAGGGCUCCCAGCUUCUCACCCUGUUAUGAAAACCUCUGUAUCUGGAGCUUUCCAAUGUAUGGCUACCACUGGGACUUUGUGGGCCUGUGAGGGAAUAGCUCCUCACCAACUGACUGCCCCCUUCUUGGCAUUGCUUUGUGAAAUAGUGCACCCAGGUUGAAGAUGUGUCCUGCCUGCUGAGUGAACACAAGUAGGCAGGAAACGUUUUAUUUCUCCUGCCCAAACCUCUUGUUUUAGUUUAUGCUGCUCGCUUCCAGCAUUUUGUGUCCUGCAGCAAAUUCUCCACGAAGAUUCUCCAUGGAGAUUUCCUCUGCUCAGCCCUUUGUUGUUUCACUGUAAAAAGUAGAUGAAUAAACUUUGUUUUGCCUACCAAUCCCA